ACCCCCAACCAGCAGCCAGUAGGGUCUGUUCAGACUGUGGUCACGCCUCACCGAUAGUCUCGCAGCUCUGACUUCACUGGUUUGAGUUUUUAUCUACAAAAAGGAUUUUUGAAUCAGAACUUGAGGACUAAGAUACACUCAGAAGCUUCAAUUACAACAAAUCCUGUUUGUCAACUUGUCAUUGUGGCACAAACAUGACUGAGGUGGUACAGGUUGCAGCUAGUGAUGUUCAUGAUGAUAAAGAUGACGCAAACGACAACGAGCACAGGAUGAGCGCCGAAGACGACUCGGAGGAGGAAAUGAGACAGGAAGAGAACGAUGAGACAUUUAGUGAUGCUGAGGAGAGAAGUGAAGGGAUGCCACAGAGCAAAGGCAGAGAAACUAACAGAGUGGAUGACAGAACAAGUGAGGAGGCUGAGACAACCCAACUGAAUGGAGAGGAAAGCAAAGAAAGUGAGAAAAAUAAUGCUGUCAAUGGUGUUUCGGACAGUAAAGAUCAAGUGCAGGAAACAGACAACUCACAGAACAUGUCUGAUUUGGCUUUUAAGAAAGAGAAGUUGCUGAGGGCCAGAAGGCCAGUGGCCAGGAGCUACGUGCCGAAGCUGAACAAAGAAAAAGGAGAUGUGACAAACAAGUUUGAGGCCAUGCAGAAAGCCAGAGAGGAGCGCAGCCGGCAGAGGAACAGGGACGAGCAGCAGAAGAGGAAGGAUCAAUACGUCAAGGAGAGGGAGUGGAAUCGCAGAAAGCAGCAGAUAAAAGAACUACUUGCUUCCAGUGAUGAGGAAGAGGAGGUAAAAACGAAAAAGGUGGAAAAGUCCUACGUCCCCAAAAUCACAGGUAGUGUGAAGGGGAAGUUUGCAGAAAUGGAGAAACAGAGACAAGAAGAGGAGAGGAAGAGGAUGGAGGAGGAGAGGAAGAAGAGAGAGGCCCAGGAUAACAUGGAGAAAGCAAAAAUUAAGAAGGAACUGGCUCAGAAAGCUGCUGAGGAAGGAGAUGACACAAUCCUGAUACGUGUGGUUCCAGCAAAGCAGUCAAGACCUCCAGGCAAAAUCAAGAUGAACUUUGAGGACAUUGAGAAAAGCCGAGAGGAGGAGCUGAGGAAAAAGGUAGAGGAGGAGAAGAAGAGACGGUAUGAUGAAAACAGACGCUCCUUCAGGGAAGCCAAGCGGCGCUCUAUUGUUCAACAAGAGGAUGAAGAAGAAAAACCUUUAGAGAAGUUGUCGGUGACUCCUGGAAAGCUGAAGCUGACAUUUGAGGAGCUGGAAAAGGAAAGGCAGGAGCAGCGGAGGAAGCAAGCUGAAGAAGAAGCCAAACAACGUUUGCUGGAGGAGAAGAAGGCUUUUCAGGAGGCAAAACAGGGAAUGGAAGAAGACGAGGACAUCAACCAGGAGGAUCAGGAGGACAAAGAGGAGAUUCGUCCUGGAAAACUGAGACUGAGCUUCGAGGAGCUGGAGAGACAAAGAGUUGAAGAGGAGCGCAAGAGAGCAGAGGAGGAGGCCAAGAGACGCAUGGAGGAGGAGAGAAGAGCUUUUGCUGAAGCAAGGAAGAGCAUGCUGAUAGAUGAAGAUGACGAAGUGCUGAUGGCCUUGCUGAACCUAGAGGGCAGCAAACCUGGGAAAAUCUGCGCCAGCUUCGAGGACUUAGAGCGGCAGAGACGUGAGGAGGAGCAGAGGAAAGCAGAGGAGGAGGCCAAGAGGAGGCUGGAGGAGGAGAAGAGGCUCUUUGCUGAGGCUCGCAAGAGCAUGAGCCCUAUCCUGGAUCAGGAAAAAUCUGCAUAUGGAGAUGAAACAGUGCUGGAAGAUGAUGAGGUGAUGGUGAAGAGUGAGUCUCAGGAGGCUCUGCACCCCAGAAAAUUGGAGAUCAACUUUGAGGAGCUCCUAAAAGAAAAGGAAGAGGCUGAGAGAAGACGCAAGGCAGAGGAGCGCAAAAAGAAGCUGGAGCAGGAAAAGCAGGAGUUUGAGCAGCUCAGAAAAGAGAUGGGAGAGGAAGAAAUAAAUGAAAGUUCAGACGUCAUCAGCACAGAAUACGAAGAACUGACAAAACUCAAGAAAACUGGCUCCAUUAAAGCCAAAAACCUCAAGUCCAAAUUUGAGAAAAUCAAGCAGCUGACAGAGGAGGAGAUCCAGAAAAAGAUCGAGAUGGAACGAGAGCGAAGGAAGGCUAUUGAUGACGAAAUUAAACAGAGAGAAGCUGAAAGGGCCCAGGAGGACGAGGAAGAAGAAGAAAGAGAAGCAACUUCAGUGAGAUCUGACGACCUACCGUUCAAACAGAAGGUGGACAUGCGGGCCCGGUUCGAACAAAUGGCCAAAGCCAGAGAGGAAGAAGAACGGAGGAGAAUAGAGGAGCAGAAGCUGCAGAGGAUGCAAUUUGAACAGCAAGAAAUCGAUGCUGCGCUACAAAAAAAGAAGGAGGAUGAUGGCGAGGAUGAAAGCAGCAUCAUCAAUGGAUCUGCAGCCUAUGAAGAUGAGGAAGAUCACGCGAGGUCAGGUGCGCCGUGGUUUAAAAAGCCCCUCAAAAACCAGUCGGUGGUGGAUUCUGAGCCAGUUCGGUUCACCGUUAAGAUCACUGGAGAGCCAAAGCCAGAGGUCACCUGGUGGUUUGAGGGAGAGAUGCUCCAGGACUGUGAGGACUAUCAGUACAUCGAAAGAGGAGAGACAUACUGCCUCUACCUGCCGGAGACCUUCCCGGAGGAUGAGGGGGAGUACAUGUGCAAGGCUGUGAACAGCAGGGGCACAGCAGCAAGUACCUGCAUUCUCACAAUAGAAAGUAAGACCACUCUGGUGUGACUGCAUGCCUGCAUGGUGAUCUUUCCCUGGAAUUUACCUCACUUUACAAAGUGGAUCGCAUGCUCCUCUUGUUCAGGAACUCAGGCUGAAAAGCAAACUUUUACAACAGCUCUUCUGUUUCUGUCUUGCAGCUUAUGACUACUGAAGCCCUCCCUGUUGUUUUUCAAUGUAAAACAUCAUCCACUGUGGUCAAAUGGUAGAGGGACGGACAGUAUGCUUGGCAUUCCUAAGACAAGGAUACACAGCACAUGCACGCAUAUACACAAGACAUUAUGUUGUUUACGUAUUGUUCAAUGAAAAAUGCUGCCCACCCUGUAGGGAUUUUGGAUUAUACCUGUGCCAAAACAGACAGAUUCCUGUUUCAACACCAGGGGUCGCAAUGUGCUUCAAAUAUGUUAUCGUUGCAAAACCUGAACGAUGUUAAUCAGUUCAAAAUGCUGUUGAUUUUCAUUGUAAAUAUCACACUUUUAUGGUCCAUAAACAGCAAACAAGACUAACCAGAUCUCACACCGAGAAGCAACACUCAUCAAGGUACGACUGCAACAGUCACAUUUUGCAGGAAAUAAAUUCAUGUGUACAUCCUAAUUUUUUAUAUGCAGAAUCUGACAAAAAUAAUUGAUCAUUGGUUAUUUUUCAUGAAUCCAGGCCAAUUUUCUCUAAAUUCUUGAUUCAGAUGUCAUUGUUUAUUUGUCAAGAACGAUCUUUUAUUGUUGAUAAUUAAUGAAAAGUAGGCUAGUGUGAUGAUUUGUCUUAUUAUAUGAUAAAUAGAGAACAAGUUUUAAUAAAAUAAAAUAAAACUACA